AACUUUUUGUUUUCUUUCUUUCUGGAGAGAGAGAUAAAAGAGACAAUGAGAAAUCCACAAACAUAAAUAAACUUUAAGAUAAAGGAAUCCCUAAUUUAUUCUAUUUGAUUUUAUUUUAUUUGGAUACAUGAUGAAGAAGAUUCAACAACAACAUUUGGUGAUGGUAGGCUGAACGCUGAAGCUUUGGAGAUCAGAUCAGUUUUAUGCUGCUGCUGAUCAUCAUCAUCACUCUUUCUAUUUCUAUUUCCAUUUCUGUCCAGGGAACUCACUGCUGCUUUUACAAUCCAUAAAGUCUUGUCACUCUAAGAUUGUUAUGGGAAAUUGUUGUGUUAGCAAGUCUCGUGAUGAUGACGAGGAUUCUUACCACCAUAAGGUAAACUUUGCUAGUGGAAAUGUGCAUCUUAUAACUACCCAAGAACGCUGGGAAGAGAAAUUGGCUGAAGCAAAAAGGGAUAGCAAGAUUAUUGUUGCAAAUUUUAGUGCGUCGUGGUGUGGUCCGUGUAGAAUGCUUGCUCCUCUCUUUGGCGAGCUGUCUGAGAAAUAUCCUACUCUUAUGUUCCUCACUGUAGAUGUGGAUGAUUUACCUGAACUUAGUUCUUCAUUGGAUAUCCGAGCUACUCCGACUUUCUUUUUUCUCAAAGAUGGGCAGCAGAUCGAUAAGCUUGUGGGGGCUAACAAACUAGAACUUCUAAAGAAGAUUCCAGCUGCUCUUGAUUCUGCAAAACAAAGCUGAUAAUUUCUUUUUUCUUGUGUGGCAUGCUUGCUUGUUUUUUUUCUGCCCGGAAAAAUAGAGAUAGGGGAGGUAAUAAAGAUACUAGUAUAUGGUUGGUGGACGGCCUUCAGCUGCUGCUGUUGCGAUGAAUUAGUGUUAUUGAGUUUGAGUUUUUAGAAAUGUAAAAUGCACUGCUAGAACCAAGUUUUUUCGCAUUGUAAUGUCCCACUCAGAUGUACAGGUAACGAAAUCUUCAAUUUCCAUAUAUUAACAUAAAUUUUCCCAGCGACCAAA